GCGGAGGAAGUGCUUAAGUAUGUAAAGUUUGGAGUAUGGUGGACUCUUCUUGGUGUUGCAUCUUCAAUCGGCCUUGGAUCUGGUUUGCACACGUUUGUUUUGUAUCUGGGCCCACACAUUGCUCUUUUCACUAUAAAAGCAAUGAAGUGUGGUCGGGUCGACAUCAAGACAGCUCCAUAUGAUACGAUUCAACUUAAAAGAAGCCCAUCAUGGCUGGGAAAAGAUUGUUCUGAGUUUGGGCCGCCAUUGUUUUCUUCUUCUAAUGGCCCACGGGUCCCGUUGAGCAGUAUAUUGCCCCAGGUGCAGCUAGAGGCUAUAUUGUGGGGCCUGGGUACCGCACUUGGAGAGCUGCCCCCUUAUUUCAUUUCAAGAGCAGCACGCCUUUCGGGAAGUAGAUCAGAAGAACUGGAAUCUCCAUCAGAUGAGGAUAGUGGGUUUCUAGCAACUAAAUUAAAUCAAAUCAAGUGCUGGUUUGUUUCCCAUGCACAAUAUUUGAACUUCGUCUCAAUCCUGAUUCUUGCUUCGGUGCCCAAUCCUCUAUUUGAUUUGGCUGGAAUAAUGUGUGGACAAUUUGGCAUUCCAUUCUGGGAGUUUUUCCUUGCUACUUUGAUUGGAAAGGCCAUUAUUAAAACUCAUAUUCAGACUGUCUUCAUAAUUUCAGUUUGCAAUAAUCAACUACUUGAUUGGAUGGAAAAUGAAUUGAUCUGGGUUCUCAGCUUUGUUCCUGGUGUUGAUUCCUUCCUGCCCAACAUGAUCAGCAAGCUUCAUUCCAUUAAAAAUACAUACAUGGCAUCCAAACCUCAUCCAACUUCAGAUGCUAAGGUAAACAAUUGGGAGUUCUCGUUGGGUUUAGUUUGGAACACAGUAGUAUCGAUUGUGCUUCUCAACUUUUUCUUCAAGAUCAUAAAUGCAACUGCACAAAGUUAUCUGAAGAAACAGCUCGAGACGGAGAUCACUGCCAAAAAGGGCAAGUCCUCCAUCCAUUGAUUGCAUUCGGCUGUGAAUUAGGCAGACCUUACAGGCCACUACGUAUGUACGUUCAGCUUCGCCUCUCACACUAAUCACCAUUUAUCUCUCCCUGUCAGAAACUUUUAUAGCUGGGGAGAAGAUCGAAUACAGAAAUCACAGGUUAAAUGUUUUAUUUUAGCAGCCGGAUUGCCAUUGUUGGAAACUCUCUGCUUUGCGCAUUAUCAGAGAUAGAGAAGUUAGCAUUGUUUACUAUUUGGCUGGCAAAACUGUUACAGACUCCUUUCGGUCGUUACUGAUGUCUGUCCAUUAUCAAGAGAUAGAAACUUGGCUGUAUUUUCUACUUCUUCACGAUAAGGGAAUUUGGUAGACUUAUUCUUCUUUGUUUCACUGUUAUUAAGUGACACACACCUAUCAAAUACUUUUAUGCAUGCGUUGGCUGAACGGGAGCUAAUAGAAAAACAUUGGUCCUGCAAUUACUUUUGUAUUCAAUAUUCACAUGAGAGGAAAUCAUACAUGCUUUUUUUUGCUUUUAUAUAAUCUUUAUUUUGUAGAUUA